UUGCUUGAUUGAGAGAGAGUGAGAGAGAGAGAGAGAGAGAGAGAGAGAGAGAGAGAGAUGGCCAUUUGCUGUAUUCAGGAUUCAUGGGUUUUCACAUUUGGCAUAAUAGGCAAUAUUGUCUCCUUCAUGGUCUACCUUGCUCCAGCACCAACAUUCUACCGGAUUAUCAAGCGAAAAUCAACCGAAGGGUUCCAGUCGUUCCCUUAUUUGGUUGCACUUUUUAGUUCUAUGCUAUGGAUAUACUACGCCUCUCUUAAGCCCAAUGCUUACCUUCUCAUUAGCAUCAACGCUGUUGGUUGUGUCGUAGAGACUAUCUAUAUCGCUCUAUACAUUGCUUACGCACCGAAGAAAGCGAGGAUGUUGACCGUGAGCUUCUUGCUUCUGUUCAACUUUGGGGUAUUUUCUGUGGUGGUUCUUUCCUCCCACUUCAUAGCAAAAGGAACCUUUCGACUCCAAUUACUCGGGUGGAUUUGCCUUGCGGUUUCUGCUAGUGUAUUUGCUGCACCUCUGAGCAUUAUUAGACAAGUCAUACGCACUAAAAGCGUGGAGUUCAUGCCAUUUACGUUGUCAUUUUUUCUCACAUUAAACGCGAUUACAUGGUUCUUCUACGGUUUAUUGCUCAAGGACUUGUAUGUCACGGUACCAAAUGUUCUAGGUUUUGUCUUUGGGGUACUUCAAAUGGUUCUUUAUCUCAUCUACAAGAACUGCAACAGAGUUCCAGAGGAGGAGCAGCAAAAACUGCCAUCAACUGUGAAACUAGAAACCAUCAUAAUAAGUGUCGAUCGGGUGCAUUCGGUGCCUGAUCAUUUCGGUGAAGAUGAACAAGGAAAUGAUCUAAACAAGCACGGAAAAACCAGUUGUGAUGAAGAAAUUGGCAUGGAUGCCUCCAAUCAAGUUUAAUCAGUUGACACUGAUGAGUAACAUAUAGUAUAUCGUACGUCCUUCAAUUAAAUGUCGUUAAAGCUUCACUUUAUUUAGGUUGCCGAUUUUGCCACUCCCUUUUUUGUUAACGUCACUCCCGUGUAUUUUUGUACCAAAAAUACUUGCAGAAGAGUGACAUUAAUAAAAAAGAGAGUAGCAAAAUCAUUUCCCUUUAUUUACUACUCGUUUCCAUUUUGUUUCGCAUGUGUACGGAUGUCACAACUUGUAUUUAUACAAGUAAUUGCCUUCCGGCACGGACACAUCUUUAGGUCAUUAUUAAUAUUACUGUUCUGAUCAGGCUAAGCUCGUUUGUUGGCUUCACGAGUUGUGUUGGCAUCUAUAGGAUGAGAGUUUAUAUCGUCUUGUUUCACGUGUAUUGAUAAUGGAAGUCGUACCGUCA